GUUACCCAGAAACCAUUGGUGAAGCGUCGACGCCCAUACGGAUCUGCAUUAUUCAGACUAGCAAUACUCGGCGAGAGUGGGAAGUUCGUCAUAGUGCAGUACGUAAAUUUUGUGAGACAAUUCAGUAAGUAUUCGAUGAAUGUCACAAAAUCGUAGUUUCCGAAGCGUUUUAAAGGGCGACUGUUGUGCAUUUGAACAGCCUCUAUCUAGUGGAUUUGUUGGGUUUCAAACUGUCGCUGCCAUAUCUUCUUAUCCUCCUGUGUAUGACUAUGAACAUGAAAGAAUACAAAGUCGUCGUUUUGGGUUCAGGUGGUGUUGGAAAAAGUGCACUUACAGUGAAGUUUGUUACGGGACAAUUUGUUGAAAAAUAUGACCCAACUAUUGAAGAUUUCUAUCGAAAGGAGAUCGACGUUGACCACAAUCCCUCCAUCUUGGAAAUUUUAGACACUGCUGGCACUGAACAAUUCGCUUCAAUGCGAGAUUUGUACAUCAAAAAUGGUCAAGGAUUCCUUCUAAUAUAUUCUCUUUUAAACCGGCAAACGUUCACUGAUUUAAAGCCGAUGAGGGAUCAGAUACUGCGUGUGAAAAAUGCAGACAGUGUGCCACUGAUACUUGUUGGAAAUAAAAGUGACAUGUUUGAUGAACGAGAAGUAUCUGCAAACGAAGCGAAGCUUUUAGCGGAAGAAUGGGGCUGUCCACACUUCGAAACCUCUGCGAAGAGCAAUACCAAUGUUGACGAAGUAUUCACUGAGAUUGUUAGACGAAUGAAAACCACACAGAAAAGUUCUUCGAGUAAACGAGGUUGUUGUGUUGUUCUCUAA